CGGCUUUGCUCUCUUCACAAAUAGGACACGGUUCUCAAAUCCAGGCAGUCCCAACCUGACCUCCAAGCACCGAGGAACCCCUGACUGGGAAACCGGGAGAGAGAAAUCACCAAGAAAAAAAAAAAGAGAAACAACAAAAACUUUGUGUCAUUAUUUUUGGCCAGUGUUACACACUGUAAGCCCCCCUUCCCCUCCUCCCUCCCCUCCACCACCACCAACAACUUCCACCGCAUCAUUUGGACUAUAUAUUUUUCUUCUGGAGGAGAAACACUGACGGGAAGAAGGAAAAAAGCUGGUGCAUCACCACCAUUGCUCCUCCUGUCCCACCCAUGCUGUAGUUUCUUCCUUUUUUUCUUCCACUUGCUUUUGCACGCUGCCGAGGAGCUGAUCUGAGCCUGUGGGUCGGUCUGGUUGUUUUGUGUGCCUCUCUUAGAGCCUCAGAGCCCAGUUGGAUGCGCUGAGAGAGCGGGGCGCAGCGCUGCGGUACAGUAUAUGGAAGUUGUGGGCUGCAAGACAGAGGCAGGCAGUUGCACGUUGCGUCCAGGACCGGGAGCCAUGCUUUUCCACGGGAUCUCCGGGGAUCACAUCCAAGGGAUCAUGGAGGAGAUGGAGAGAAGGUCGAAAACGGAGUCGCGCCUAGCGAAGGGCAUGCAGCUCAACGGAAGAGAGUCGACUAUGCCUUCUAUGAGCCCGGAGAAACCUGCCCUGUGUGCCGGCUGUGGCGGCAAGAUUUCGGAUAGAUACUACCUCCUGGCCGUGGACAAACAGUGGCACCUGCGGUGUCUCAAAUGCUGUGAAUGUAAACUAGCGCUGGAGUCGGAGCUAACGUGUUUUGCCAAGGAUGGGAGUAUCUAUUGCAAGGAGGAUUACUACAGAAGGUUCUCCGUGCAGAGGUGCGCGCGCUGCCACCUCGGGAUAUCAGCCUCGGAGAUGGUGAUGCGAGCGCGCGACUCCGUGUACCACCUGAGCUGCUUCACGUGCACCACCUGCAACAAGACCCUGACCACCGGAGACCACUUCGGCAUGAAGGACAGCCUGGUGUACUGCCGGCUGCACUUCGAGACGCUGGUGCAGGGACCGGACUACCACCCUCAGCUCAACUUCGCCGAGCUGGCAGCGAAGGGCGGCGGCCUCACUCUGCCCUACUUCAACGGCACCGGCACCGCGCAGAAGGGGAGGCCGCGCAAGAGGAAGAGCCCAGCCAUGGGGAUAGAUAUACCCAGCUACAACACAGGCUGCAACGAGAACGACACCGAUCACUUGGACCGGGACCAGCAGGCCUACCCUCCAACACAGAAGACCAAACGCAUGCGGACCUCCUUCAAGCACCAUCAGCUGCGAACAAUGAAAUCCUACUUUGCCAUCAACCACAACCCAGAUGCCAAGGACUUAAAGCAGCUGGCCCAGAAAACAGGCCUCACUAAGAGAGUUCUACAGGUUUGGUUCCAAAACGCAAGAGCCAAAUUCAGAAGGAACGUUUUGCGACAGGAGAAUGGAGGUGUUGAUAAGGCUGAUGGCACCUCACUCCCUCCACCCUCAUCCGACAGUGGGGCCCUGACCCCCCCCUCCAGCGCGGCCACACUAACAGACCUGACAAACCCCUCUAUCACUGUAGUGACCUCCGUCACCUCUAGUUUGGACAGCCAUGAUUCGGGGAGCCCUUCGCAAACUACCUUGACAAACCUUUUCUAACAAGCUAUCUCUAGCAGACUGAUUUUUUUUUUUAAAUUUUACCUGAAUUUAUUUGCUUUGUUUUUCUUCUGAUUUCCUUUUGAUUUUCUUUCCUCGAUUUACAUUUUAUUUUUUUAAGUGACACCUUUAAAUCAACCAGAGACAGCUCCUUGGAACAGAAAGUGCUGUACUGUGUACACAAACAAGAACACCAAGAGCAACAACAGCAGCGACCACAUUAAAACACGAGGAAAUCAUUUUAAUGUGUAGCAUUUGAAACUGCAUGCCAUAUGCAGAGAUUGAUUUUGGACGGGACAUUUUUGGAGUUGAAGGCAUUAGAAAAUUGUCAUGGAUUCCACAAGUUAUUAGAGGGAAAAAAAACUAAACUUGAAGCUUGUCUGGAAAACUAGAUUUCUUGCUUGAUUUGAUUUGUAUAUUUGUAUUGAAUUAUGCUAAAAAAAAAAAUAGCCCUUCCUAAUUUAUGAUUAAUUGGUAAUCUUUAAAAUAAUAUGAAUAUUUUGCCCUCAGAAACCUGUAUAUGUAUGCACUGUGUUCGCACUAUCCAAUUUAAAGAUUUUUUUUCCUGUUUUGGAAUAAUUUGGGAAAUAAACUUGUAGAAUGUUCUGUAUAUGGGUAACUCCAGAAAACAGGCUUUAAUUAUUUCCGAAUGUUUCAGUCUCUAAGACUGAGUUGGAUGGAAUCAGACAUUGGGAUCUCACAGAGCUACAUGUAAAACGUCUAAAUUACAUUGUAAGCGCCUGACCAUCACAGCUUAUAUGGCCGAUAGAUGCUGAAACCACACACAUCUCUGUCUUGAUUCACAACUCUACUGUGAUAGAGAGCAAGAAGCAAAAUCCCACAAUCUGUACAGUGGUAACUGUUCAACAUGUAAUGCAGUCACAUUGAUAGAUAUUGUUUGAUAGUUAAAAAAAAUCAGCGAGAGAAACUCAAAUUGGAGAGCAGUUUAUGGGCACUGUUGUUAUCAGCUGUUUUCAUGACAGAGCACUUUUAUUUUGGACUUGUUGGCGUCAUAGAUCAAACAGUCAAAUGGAUCAAGCCUAGCAAACAUAUCCACAGAUCCACAGCUAAACUCAAUUGCACAGUGACAAUAUACUGCCCAGUGAAAAGUGCAUUAUUGUUUUUAUCAUGUUGCUCAGGGUAACGAUGUGAUUUUAAAAAGGGAAAAAGAGCAGGAGUGAGAAAUUAAGUGGUUGCGACGUUGCAGACUAGAUUUUUAGAGCCGACAUGAACAUUCAAAUGACCUCAGAUAGGUGGAGUCGUAAUAGGCAGCCAGUGGGAAAUCAUUGUCCAUGUGUUCUCCUUUUUGGCCAUAUUUAUACUUUCUUCAAUGACACUUGCCACUGAACAGACCAAAAACAUGUUUCUUCUGGCUGAAAGAUAGAGAGAAAAGAAAGAAAGAGCGAGCAAAUCUUCAAUGGAGUUGAUACAUUUCAUUGUGAGCGUCACAAUUUGUUCUAUUGUAGAACAAAGUGGUACUCUUGAUCUACUUAAUGAAGUAGAUGCCUAACUCAGUUCUACUAUGUGCCUUAUGCUAUAACUUGGGAGAAAGUUUGUGAAAUUCAGGAUAUAUGUGUUCUUUGUUAACUGAUUCACAUCCUUUUGGCGCCUCACUAGUUUUGUACUGUUUUGCAUCUUAUUUCCGAAGAUCUUUUUAUGGUGUAUCCUGUUAAAAAGGGGGCAGCGAUGUCAUAGAAAGCAUUUGUGCACUCUUUCAGAUAUAGUUGGGUAAUCCAAGAACCUUAUAUAUUGAUCUUCGUGUUAAUAGUUGAGUACAGUAAGUGUUCUAUCAAGAUUGUCCAUGUUUCCCUGUUUCUUGAUAAAGAUGGUGUAUAGAAACUAUUUCCCCUUAAAUAUUUAUGGACCAAACGGUUGUUAUAUAUCUUAUUAAAUUUGUGUGAAUAAAAAUACUUUGCUUUAAA